AUUUUUCUGGCCGGUAGUCGACGGGAUGUAUUUAAAUACGUCUAUAUUUCUUAUCACAUCCCAAGAUGUCUAUGAUUUUUGAUUUUUUUAAAUUGGUGACUAAUUUUACUGGUCGCUUUCUUCCGACUUUUUAAAAGUGGCGCCCUGUCGUCAAUAUGGUCCAGCAGGCACCCUCUAGCGAUUCUUUUGUAAAGAGGUCAGGAAUGUCUGAAAAUAACAUAUAGAGCGCGGUAAAUACGUAAAUAUUGACGUGUGAUACGUGUAGAGCGCGGGGCAGAUGGGUAGCGUAAAACAUAACUCGUAGUUGUAUAAAGUGUUAUCCAGGUGUUAUCAGAGGUCUAAGGGUGUCGAUAAUAAUGUGAAGGUUAGCAAAGGCCAAAAUAUUUCGCUUCUGCAUUUGAAUGGGAAUCUGUUCGUUUUUCCAGCAACAUUCCAGAAGUAUUAUUGGCACAAUACUGUAAUCUUUAGUCAGAGCAAGUUAUCUGUAAACAAUAAAGUUACUGUAAGAUCAACUUUAUUAAUGUAAUGAAGAUCAACGAGAAAAAUUUGGCCGCAUUCGCGUCUUCAGCCACUCCUGUUGAUCGGGAAGGAUGGCUUGUCAAGAGAGGAGAGGUGAAUAAAGGUUAUCAGCGACGCUGGUUUGUCCUGAAAGGGAAUCUUCUUUUCUAUUUUGAAAAGCGAGGAGAAAAAGAACCCGUUGGAGUUAUUGUAUUGGAGGGUUGUACCAUAGAACUUGCAGAAGAUGAGGAACAGUUUGGCUUCAAAAUUGUUUUUCAUGGUACUGGUAAUAGGAGUUACACUUUGGGAGCAGAAUCUCAGGAGAGUAUGGAACAAUGGAUGAAAGCUCUUGCUUGUGCGAGUUAUGAUUAUAUGAAAUUGAUGGUAGCAGAAUUACAACGUCAGCUAGAUGAAAUGGAAGAGUGUGAUGCGGUGACAGCUGCUUUUGGUGAAAAAUCUAGUCUUUCAUCCCCACAAUCAGAAACAAAUGAUAAUAAAGCUAACAGUUCCCCAAUGCCACCUCCUCGGCAGAGACAUAAUCCUUUUAAUAAAGUGACUCAAGAAGCAUCAAAUGGUUCUGGUUAUCAACACUAUCGAUCUCAUAGCAUCCGAUCAGCCCCAGGGCGAGCCGACAGUGGAAGAUACACUGAAAAUAUUCCUCGAUCAAAGGUGACAUUCAGAGAAUUGCACAAUUCGUAUGGUAGGCGCAUUUUAAGUGACUUUAAUGAAUGGCGACAUGCAAAGCGAUUAGAAUUGGAAAAGAAAACUGUUCCUACACAAGAUUUAUUGAUUACUCUGUAAUAACAUUACAGAUAUUAUGUGUAAGUGGUUGCAAUUAUAAUAUUUCAUAGAGCUUGUCAACAUCCUCAGGAUAUUCAUCAAACUUGUAUAUAGUGUAUUUUUUCCAUUGUAAUAUGUAUAUUUUUGUACUUCAUAGUAGUUUGGUCCAAUUUAAUUGUAUACAGAUUUUCCCAUGUAUUAAUACAAACAUGUUAUUUCGUUGACUGCACUUUGUGUGCGUUUCCUUAAAGAAGAAAAAAGGAUGUGUAUGUCUCUUUUUCUUGUUAUUCUAUUAAACUUGGGCUAUAUAAAUGGAACAGUACUAAUUUAUUAAUUCAGUUCACUACAAAUUGAACUGAGGAAAUAGUUUAAUGAAAUUAAGUGCAUAAUUUUGAGUAAUGUGUAAUUGAUGUUGUACCUGGUUUAUUUGCUUCCUUCUCUUGAAUAAUAUUCAAUUUUUGAAUUGUUGUAAUAAUAGUUUUUGUUGGUCAAGGCAAUAUGUUUAUCAAAUGUGUAUAGCUACGUUCGUAAAUGUAUUGAGUUUAUUGCAAAUGAAUAGCAAGCCAUAGUCAUUGAUGUUGUCAGUUGCAACAAUUACAUCUCCUGAACAAAGCAAUGCUUAGAAUAUUGAUCUUCCUGUGUAAGUCUGUAAGAUAAUAGUUGUAUGUGUAAUAUUUAACAGUUUCUCAUAAUGAGAAGGUUUUUCUUGAACUAGAUUAUUCUAAUGUUGGAUAUAAAAUAUUCAUAUUUAUUGUAAAGGUAUUGCAGUUCCUUACAACUUAGCCAAGAAAUAAUUUGUAAUGGUAACUUCAAUUAUUAUGUUAUUCACAACCGUAAUUAAAUUAUUUUGCAGAAACACAAAUAUUAUUUUUAAUGGCCUAAUUCAACUUUAUAACAAUAUCUAUUAUAAUGCAUGUGUUUAUGAGUGAAUAACUAAUAUUAAUAGAGUUAUGUAGUAAUGAAACUUUUAAAUUGAAAAUUUUGUCCCUCAUUACUAUCUCUUCUAUUUAACUGGCAGGUAAUAAAAACUUCAUGCUAUCUUCUAUUAUUUUCCUUUGGCAUUACUUUUUGCAAUUGUAUUUUUUCUAAUCUGGAUUUGCUAGAAAUGUUAGCAGACAAAUAAGUGACUUCACAAAUAUUUAUAGAAAGUGUUGGUUAUCCUUAAUCACAUUUUUUAUAAACUUAAAAUCCUGUAUGUCAAGAGAUAUUUUAAAUUUUAAUUCAAAAAUAAAUGAAUUCAUUAGUAUUUAAA